CAUUUCGAUCUCUCUCUCUCUUUCAUUUGAAAACAGACAAGAAAUGCCUCAACCAUGUUCUACUAGCCUCUAUGUUUCCACCCACAAAAUGUUGUGCAUCUCAAAACACACCUUGAGUUUCCUCUUCAUUAUUCUCUUCUUCAUUCUUGCUUUCUUUACAACUCUACACCAUUACUCCACACCCAUACAUCAUAAUAAAACUUCCAUUUUCUACUUCAACACUUUCCUUUUUUCUGCCACUAACUACACCCUAUCCAACUACCUACGCCACCUCACUAUUCACCCUCAUCUUGCUGGCACACAACCUUCGCUUGACACUGCUCUUUACGUUAAGUCUCAUUUCCAAUCUUUAAACCUUCAAACACAUGCAACUAACUACACUGUUCUACUCUCAUAUCCUUUAUUCUCUUCAGUUACUCUCCACUCUGCUAACAGUUCAGUGCAUGCUUUAAAGUUGUCUGAACCAGGUUUAAAUGGUGUUGUUAUGCCUUAUCAUGCAUAUUCACCAUCAGGGUCAGUGUAUGGUAAGCCUGUUUUCUUGAAUUAUGGUAGGGAAAAAGACUAUGAUGUACUUGGUGUGCAUGGUGUGAAGGUUAAGGGAUGUAUUGGGAUAGUAAGGAGAGAUGGUGGUUUGUCAAGAAAUGAAGUUGUUGAGAAGGCUGCAGAGCGUGGUGUCACUGCAGUAUUGAUGUUUACUGAUAGUGAAAGGGAGUUUGGUGGUGGGGUUGAAAGAGGGACAGUGAUGAAUGGUUUAGGGGAUCCAUUAAGUCCUGGUUGGGGUGGGGUUGAGAAUGGUGAGAAGUUGAGAAUAGAUGAUCCUUUGGUGAUGAAAAGGUUUCCUAGUAUAACUUCAUUGCCUAUAUCAAUGAUGUCAGCUGAGACUAUAUUAGGUUCACUUGGGGGAGCUGAGAUGCCUUAUGAAUGGAGAAAGAGUAUGAGAUUUAGUACUAGUGGGAGGGUUGGGCCUGGUCCCAUUAUGCUCAACUUUACCUACCAGGGAGAGAGAAAGAUGGCAACAGUUCAUAAUGUUUUUGCUGUCAUAAAGGGAUCAGAAGAGCCUGAUCGUUUUGUACUUCUUGGAAACCAUAGAGAUGCAUGGACUUAUGGAGCAGUUGACCCCAAUAGUGGAACCGCGGCCCUGCUUGACAUUGCUCGUAGAUAUGCUCUUCUCAUGCGUUUGGGUUGGAAUCCUCGAAGAACAAUCAUUCUCUGCAGUUGGGAUGCAGAAGAGUUUGGGAUGAUUGGAUCAACUGAGUGGGUUGAGCAGAAUCUUGUUAACCUUGGAUCUAAAUCUGUGGCCUACCUAAAUGUGGAUUGUGCAGUUCAAGGCCCUGGGUUUUUUCCCAGGACGACGCCUCAGUUUGACGAUCUGCUUACCGAGAUCACCAAGAAGGUUAAUGACCCAGACACAGAUGGCACGACUCUUUAUGAAAGAUGGACAGCUGCUAAUAGAGGUAUCAAAAUUCAACGGCUUACUGCGGUAGAUUCAGACUUUUCCCCAUUUUUGCACCAUGCAGGGGUUCCUUCUGUUGAUCUGUACUAUGGCAAAGAUUUUCCAGUAUAUCACACAGCAUUUGAUUCCUACGACUGGAUGGUAAACUUUGGGGAUCCAUUCUUUCAGCGGCAUGUGGCAGUGGCAGGAGUUUGGGGACUACUUGCACUUCGCCUGGCUGAUGAUCCGAUUUUACCUUUUAACUAUCUCUCAUAUGCUGCUGAGCUACAGGACUAUACCCGUAUGCUGAGUGACUUGUUGGAAGGAAGCAGCAUCUCAUUGCGUCCUAUUACUGCUGCCACUCAACAACUUGCUGCUGCAGCUAAACAAAUUCUAGAAGAAGCAAAGAAACUGAAAGAGGAUGAAGCGACGGACGAGCAUGCAGCACUGAAGCGACGAAUGUUAAACGACCGGCUCAUGUUUGCUGAGAGGGGAUUUUUGGAUGCAGAAGGGCUUCAGGGAAGACCAUGGUUUAAGCAUAUGGUUUAUGGCCCUCGUAACGAUGGUGAAAGUGAGUUAGAAUUCUUUCCUGGAAUAGCCAAUGCAAUUUCAAGAUCCUCAGGCCUGAAAAGUGGAGAGCACAAUGCAGCAAUUCAGCAUGAGAUUUGGAGAGUUGCAAGGGCCAUUCAAAGUGCUGCUCAUGCUCUUAAAGGUGAACUUACCUGAAAGAAUUUUGGAAGCAGCCACUAAUUCUUGCAUUAGGGUAGGCUAUCUACAUCACACCCUUGGGGUGCGACCCUUCCCCGGACCCUGCUAACGCGGUAUGCUUUGUGCACCGAGUUGCCUAGAAAGCAUAAACAGCACGCUCACACACUUGUACAUAGUCUUUUCACCUUUUACUAAUUUGCAAUUAAAGUUAAAGGAUUCUUUCUUUUUCCACUCCCUGGAGUUGGGACACUUUUGGAUCUUUAGUACUACUAUGAUUGAUACAAUUCGAUAUUAGGCAAACUAAAUUAGCAUUAGAUUUUUCCUGUAAAGUUUCUGUGAAUUUUUCAUAUGGUUCUUUCUAGUUUUGGCCAAAGUUUGAUG